AUGGAGACUAAGUAAUAGAAACUUAGACUGUUCCUUACAGCUGACGAAGAAACUAAGGCUUAUCAAAUGCUAAACCUUCUCGAGCUUCAUGACGAGAGCGCCGAUUUUCUCCAUCCAGUGGAUUGGAAACUUCUAGCGAUCCCUGACUAUCCUUUGCAGAUCAAAAAUCCUAUGGAUCUAGGCUCAAUCAAAAAGAAAAUAAAGAGCAAGGCUUACCAUAAUUUAUCUGAUUUUAUUGCUGACGUGCAGCUAGUUUGGAAUAAUUGCAAGACUUAUAAUGAAUCACAUACAGUAUGCGAUAAUUAGGACGUUUAUCAACAAGCUGAGUUCUUGGAAAAACAAAUGAGAAGAUAUUGCACAAAAUUAAAAAUUCCGGUACCAAGAGGCCAAGCUAAGCACUUGAGGGACGAAGAAGAAAUAGUAAGGGAAGACCCGAAUGUGGGGAUAAAACAUUUUGCAUAAGGAAAAUAUCCCUUUUUUAUAAGUAAAUGAUUAAAAAAAGCUAUUUCUGAUAUACCUCCAGAACAGGUAUGGCUCGACCUAAAACUCCCCCUCCCCUCCCCCCCACCCCCUGAUGGUUUCGAUUUGAACGGCAUUGUUAAUUCAAAAUUACAAAUCCCUCACUAAGGAUUUGACAAGUCAAAUUUAAUUUGUAGAUUUCAAUAAAGUUGAAACUGCCAGGGGGGUGGGGAGGGGAGGGGGGGUUCUAAGGUCGAUCUAUAACCGUGUUCACGGUAUAUCAAAAAAUUGUAAGAAUAAUUUUUUUUUAAGUACUAAAUGUGGUUUCAUUUGAAGAAAAAUGGGAAAUGACUGAACAAAUAAAAAAAUUAGGCCAAUCCACGCUAGAAGAAAUUGUACAAUUAAUCACGACAAAUGCACCACAUGCUGUUGAAAAUGAAGAGCAGGAAAAAAUAAAAGUAAAGCUUGAUGAAGUUGAUAGGGAUACUUUUACGAAAAUGCAAGAAAUUAUAGUCAGAAGUUUUACUGUUGAUGAAGGAGCGCCACAUAAAAAGGCUAAAAGAUCUUAG